AUGACUGUGGAUGACCAGCUCCCGCGUUCUGUGAAGCAAGAAGCCGUUCGUGUGGUUGUUAGAUGUCGACCUCUUUCUAAUGUGGAGAUCGGACAAGGUCAUCAGAGCAUCAUUUCCAUGUAUCCGGAUCGUGGGCUCGUUGAAUUGCGAAAUCCUAGGGAUCUUGAAGAACCGUCGAAGGAUUUCACGUUCGACGCGAUUUACAAUGAAAGCUCUAAGCAAAUGGAUCUUUAUGAUGAGACGUUUCGAGAUCUAGUCGAUUCUGUUUUAAAUGGCUUUAAUGGCACCAUAUUUGCCUAUGGUCAAACGGGUACGGGUAAAACAUACACUAUGGAAGGAGUUCCAUCGAUACCUGACGAACGAGGUGUUAUCUACAAUUGUUUCGAGCACAUUUUUCAACAUAUAGCCCGAUCUAGAAAUCAACAGUACCUUGUGCGAGCCAGUUAUUUGGAGAUAUACCAGGAGGAACUCCGAGAUCUCCUCAGUAAGGACGAUCGCGUUAAAUUAGAGCUAAAAGAAAAGCCAGAUAUCGGGGUCUACGUGAAGGAUUUAACCACAUUCGUCACUAAGUCAGUGGAGGAAAUCCAACGGGUUAUGGCAGUUGGAAACGCAAAUCGAUCUGUUGGACGAACCAAUAUGAACGAGCAUUCGAGUCGAUCGCACGCGAUUUUCAUAAUCACAGUCGAAUGCUGUGAGGUGGGUCCUGACGGGCAAAAUCACAUACGUGUUGGUCGCCUCAAUCUAGUUGACUUAGCCGGUAGUGAGAGGCAGGCGAAAACUGGCGCCACUGGCCAGAGAUUUAAGGAAGCAACAAAAAUCAACUUGUCGCUUUCGGCUCUUGGCAAUGUCAUCUCCGCUUUGGUUGACGGUAGAAGUACACAUAUACCAUAUCGUGACAGUAAAUUAACGCGGCUGCUUCAAGGUACGUUACGGUAUGCGAAUCGAGCUAAGAACAUAAAGAAUAAGCCGAAAAUUAACGAGGAUCCUAAAGAUGCGAUGUUGCGGGAGUUCCAGGAACGUCGUCGUAUUAUUGCUGAUCUAGAGGAGAGGCAACGGCAGUUGGAGCAAGAACAAGAGGCACAGCGGCAAGUAGCCGAAACUAUUGCUAAAAUGGAAAGUAAGCUACUAGGUGGCACUGAUCUCCUGGAUCACACGCGACAACAGGAGGCCGAACUGGAACAUCGUCGGCCCAUCCUCGCCAUAAUGAUUCCAUUUCAGAAACGCGAACGAGAGAUUCUUCAACAGCUGGAGAGGCAGGAGGAUGACACUGCAGAGAUUCAUCAAACAUACUCCAGCUUACAGCAAGAAGCCAGAAAUGAGCUUCAUGACGCAAGCCUCCUUCACUCGCAAGAGCGACAAGAUCUCGAAAGUUCCGUGACGGAGAUCAACAAAGAAUUGAAAUUGAAGUCAGUAAUCUCCUAUCAUUUUGUCAUCUAUUGCUAUCUUUCAGAAUUUUCGCCACGUUAA